AUGCCUCUCAAUCCGCUUUCAGAUCGGCAAUUCACUGUCGCUUAUGGCAGUGACUUGCUCAGAGCCCACAAAAUUUGUCGUGAGAACGGCAUCUUGCAAAAGCAGCUCAAGGCUUGCAUCGAACAAGUCGUUGCUUUGUGCGAGGAAGUGAGAGGUCUGGAGGCCAAAUAUACCACCGACGUCGAAGAUGAGCGUGCAGCGAGAACCCAUCUGGAAGCACAGGUGCAAACAUUACUAAAUGACGGUCAGAAAGUUGUUGCCGCGCAGCAGCAACAAGAACAACACAUUCAAGUCACCUUCGAGAGGCUUCAGAUCGCUAUCAACGAGAAAGCUGACGCAUCGGUGGUCGAAUCGCUCCAGAAUCGGGUUGAUCAGCUUCACGUCAGUUCAGUAACAGUAAAUUCCACAUUGCCGCCAGCCAGCCGUGUGUCCGAAUCAGUCCAGGUAUUGGACUCUCAGAAGUAUUACCAUCAUGAAGAACCAAGCAUUGCUGCUUGGCCCUCCGAUCGUCUCAGAGUCCAUCAAGGGCCACACGAGACUGUACCUGAUGACCUCGAUUUGGACGCGAACGCUGAGACGAUUAGCUAUGGCGGUCACCACCAAUGUCUCCAUGACAAGAACGACUCGCUGAACAUGUUGCCAGCCCCGACCGUCGAAGCCACACAGCUCGCCAGAAUCAAGUCUCUCCGCCAGAGGAGAUUUGAUGAAUGGACUACCUACUAUGAUCAAGGCCAGAGACUAUUGGAGAACUUGCCCGACAGUUUCGAGGAGACAGUCGUACGCAACUUCGUGGGCGGAAUCUUCAAAGACUCUCAUAAGAGACAAUGUCAGCAAUGGCUUGAUGCGAAUGGGUGGACGUGGGCCAACGUUACCACAUUUGGAACCUUGUGCUCACAGGUUCUGGCGAACAAUGCAAUACAUUCGGCAGGUAACACGCAUGCACUAUCCUGGCCACCAAGCCAAAUCGACGACAUACAUGACACGGCCGGCGCAAAUAACAAGGUCGGAUCCCGUACGGAUAGCAAGAAGGCCCAGAAACCAAAGACUCGGGGGGCAACAGGGGUUGAACCUUUGCGUCGGAGCCAACGUCUUCUCCAGCAUCGGUUGAACACAUCCUCCCACGAAACCCCUGUUUUGCCGUCGAUGACUUUACACCCAACGAAAGCCAUUCCCCUCAAUUCCAGCGUUGGUGCCGCCACGAAACCCGGGAUGAAGCCUGAAGCUCGAGCCAAGCUCAAGAAGAAGCCACAACCCGAGGGGCCCGCCAGCACACAAGUACAAAAGGGCCAGCAACAGCGACCUGGGAACAAUUCUGCUGAGUUUCCCAAACCUGCCAACGUCAAUCCACCGACGGAGUACACAUGGCAGUCAAAGAGCCACAGCAGCAGAAAGAGAGCAGCCGAGUCCAUCCAGGCCGUACAUCCAAGAAAGCGACUGAAAUCAAAGAGGGGAAAGUCUAGCAAACGUAAAGAUGCUAAGUUUCGGGUGCUUUCAGCAAAGUCAGAUGUGGCAAAAGUGGCAGCCGAAAGCAGCGAUGACGAGGGCUUUUUAUAUGAAGCAAAUCCCUCCGAGACCGCCGACCGCCACGAAGGAGGGGACGUUCUGAGGGACCGAACUCAUGCCGAACGUACAGGUCAUGGUGUACAACGUCAAUAUAAAACAGACAGAACGCAGAGACGGUUGCCUCUGCCGCCACCUCCGGAGAUUCCGAUUCUACCUACCACGGAUGAAGAGUAG